AAGAGAAACAUUUGCAACCUUAAACUUUAUGAAUCAGAAAAUAUCCUUAAUUAGAUCUUUUACGGUAAUUCAAAGUAGGGAGUCAGUAAGCGUUGAUCAAAUUAAUGUAAUCAGCAUUCAUAAAAGUCAUUAGAAUUAUCAAAUAAGCGAGAUAUAAGGAAUUUAAUAAUUGCUAGCUUUGCGCUCUUAAAAUAGCGGUUUAUUUGAAAAUCAGAGUUUUAGGGAAGGUGCAGUAAACUUGAGUCUGUGACAAAAUUGAGUCAUUUACCCUGUAUUUCAGUCUUAAAAAACAUUUCAAAUUUUGAAACAAAUAAAAAAUAUAUUUUAAUUAAGUUAAAUGGAUCAAAGGAAUUAAAAAAGUGUAUAAGACGUUUAAUAAGAUUACAAAGUGUCCAAUGAUUGUAAAUGAAAUAUAAAGAAAGUGCUUUAAAUUAGUUAAAAAUCGAUUUAAAGUGCAAAAACUUUUUCCCCCGCUUUUCAACAUAUAAGAUUUGUAAGACUUAGUCGAAGAUGCCACUUUUGAAAAGAAAGCCAUUUAAGCGUAAUCCAAUUCCUGAAGGGAUUAAAGAUGAUGAUGAAGUGUACUAUUGUGAAGCAACUAAAGAAAUAUUCAAGUCAUACGAUGAUUUCUUUGAGCGAGUUAUGCUUACUAAUUCCGUUGUUUGGCAAUGUUCACUUACUGGAAGACCUGAACUGACUUAUGCAGAAGCACUCGCAUCGGAGAAAACAGCAAGGAAAUUACUUCGUCAAUUCCCGUCAGCUCUUCGUGGUCCAGUAAUUUUAGUAGCUUCAAGGACAAAAAGAUCAGUGCUAAAAGAGCUUGUUGACGAUGUCUUUAAUAUAAUCAAAGAGAGAUUCUUCAAGGAUGAGAAACUUGAUGUUUUGAAUGGAAAAGUAUGGCGAUUCUGUAAAGUCGUCCAAGUCAUAUUCCCAACAGAUCACGAUGCAUUGAAUGCAUAUGAUUUGCAAAAAGUCGAAUAUCGUGUUGCUGCCGUCGAUGAUAAAAAAGAACCACAGGAAUGGACAACAAGUGCAGAAAACUUGCGUCGAGAUAAGACAAUAUUUACAAAAGAUAAAACUAAAUUGUUCCUAAAACAGCACGUUGAAGGAUCCAAUAGUAUGCUUGUUGUAAAAGCCGAGUCUGUUAAAAAGUAUGUAAUUGAUAGAGACAUUAAAGCUGAAGAGAUUUUUGUUGGUAAAUUGCCAGACUUUGAAAUAUCGAAGAAACUUCAGCUACAGCAGGAAAAAAACAGCAAGAAACGCUUGUCUAAUGGUGGUAAAGAAAAGUCGAUUAAGGAAAAGAAAAAAAGUAGUAAGGAAGGUAAGCAAGGUGAUAUCACCAAAUAUUUAAAUAAUUCAGGAACGUCCAAAACAAAAGAACUUUCCGUAGAAGAUAAAAAGAAGCGCGAAGAAGAAUCAAAGAAAUUUCGAGAACAACUGGAAGCUAAAAAGAAGGAAAAGGCAGAAUUGGAAGCUGAAAAACAAAAGAAGCUUGCUGAAGAGAAAGCAAAAUUGCUUGCAAAGAUACAAGCAGCUGUUCGUGAACAUAAUCAGACUCGCGACGAUUUGGAGCUUAUUGAUCAAAGAAUUUUACCAAAAUCCAAAGAAAUUUCAACGGUGCUUGAUAAAAAGUACUUUGGAGAUUUUAUGAGAGUUCUUGAAUUUAUUCAUUCAUUUCCCGAAGUCUUAUCAAUCAGCGAUAAAUUCCCAUAUGGCUUAACAAUGGAUAUACUUGAACGUGCUCUAGUAUUGAAGGAAGUAAACGGUCCAUUAAGUGAUAUAAUUCAGGUUCUUUUAGGCACAGUAUUUUCACUACAAAUGGAGGAAGAAAAUGAAAUUGAGAUUCAAUAUAGAAUUAGUGGUGAUGUACCAUUAAAACAUUCCAAACUUGAUCUAAUGAGAAAUGCAUCGCGUGUACAAUUGUGGAUGGAAAAACAUUUAAAUACAAAAAUGAAUCAUCUUGUUAUCGACUCGACAACAGUCAGUGAACUUUUACGCUUACAUUUUAUGAGCUCGGGUGCACUAUUGUCUGAAAAGUCAUCAAAAAGUCGAUUUCAAUCACGCGGUGGUUAUAAAAGUUAUGACGAUCCAGGACUUCAUUUUGUAUCCAAAUAUCCGCACAUCAUUAAAUUUCUUACUCAAUAUAGCGUAUUUCAAUUAUCUACUCGUGACAUUCUACGUAUUCUUAGCUGUUUAACUGAUCAAAUAUUAACGUACUCUAAUCUUCGUGACGUCAUUGAGGAUCGUAUUGAACAGGCUGUUAAUGCGAGACUUGAAUAUAGAAAUUUAAGGAUUAAUGAAGGACGUCGUGAGAGGAAAUUAGCAGAUGAUAAAAAGACAUUGCAGGAAGAACAUAAAGUAGCUAUGGCUGCAUUAGAAACGAUGGAAGAUGGAAAGAAAAAGGAAGCUUUAAUUAAAAAUGCUGAGGUAGAGCUUGAACAAAAAAUUGCAAAACUUGAUGCCAUUUCUGCCAAAGAUAAAGUUCAAUACUUUAAAGAUCUCAAAGUCCAAAUAUCCAUAUUCUUUAAUCAUCAAACAUAUCUUGGAUCAGAUCGUGCAUUUCGUAAUUAUUACAUUUUUGAGGCAUUGCCAGGACUAUUUGUUGAAAAUGACAUAACAUUUGCGGGUAAAUGUUUAGACAAAUUUGUCAAAAAUAAUCCAGCACUAGCACACAGUACAAAGGAACAGCGAUAUGGAAUAAUUAAGCAAAUGAUUUCGACAGAAGAGUCAAAUUCGAGUGAUGAUAAGGAGAAUAAGGUUGAGGUGAAUGGAACAGCAAAUCAAGAGACUAGUAAUAAGAGUAUUGCAUUGAAGAAAGAAAGUGACCUUGAUGUUCAAAAAGAUUUAUUAAUGUGUAGUUGUGAUCCAUCCACAUGUGCUGUACAUUCGGAAAAUAUUCAACGUUCAGUUUGGACUUAUUAUCAUACAGCUGAAGAGAUUGAUGCACUUAUUGAGUCCCUUAAUACUCGUGGAUAUCGUGAGUCAAAGUUGCGUGAACAAUUGGAAGCUAAUCGUGAUCUGAUUGUUGAUUAUAUCAAGAAUUGUCCAUUAGAGAAGCUUCAAGUGAGUGUCGACGAGGAUGUAGACAUGGAACAAGAAUUAAAGAAGAAUGCACGCAUAGUUAAGGCUAAAACGAAUAAGAGUAAGGCAUACGAUAAUCCAAAUUUCCAUUGUAAGAGUGGAACCAAUCCAAGCACAAUUUAUGAUGGCACAUUAAGGGCAACAAUCUUAGAAUUUGAGCAUAAACUUAGUGUAGGAUGUCUAGGGGAAAUUAAAGUACAAGAUAAAGCUUUAUGGCGUAAAUAUAUCGAAGAAGGUGAAUACUACGCGCUAGAUGAUAACUUGAAAUGGGGAAGUAGUAGCUUAACAAAUGGUCAUGUCCAAGAAAAUGGAAGUCCUAACGGCAGUGAAGCAGUAGAAGAUGAGGAAAGUGACAUUAUGAGCUCUGUUGGAGAUUUUGAUUUAGCACAAACAAUUGAUUCAGGAAAUUGCUCAGAUGCUGAUUCCGAUGGCGUUGAUGCUAUUCAAUUAAAAACCAGUGAAAUGGAAAGUGUUAAGCUUAAAGUUAAGAAUUUAGCUAUGGCACUAUUGCAAGUCGAACAAGGGAUAGACAUUAAGUUUAUUCGUGCACCGUUUGGACCUGCUAAAGAUCCUAAAGAUAAGGCACUGCUAGCAAAAGCAUUUGAAUUGGCUAAAAAGCGUCUCCUUAAAUGGGAAGAAUCAUUAAUGAAGUCUACAAACUUUUCUCAAGUAUUUCUACACUACAGCAUACUCUAUGAUUCCAUUAAAUGGUCGCGUUCAGCUGAAAAAAUUGGUUGUUUAGUGUGUAAAAGUAAAUCAGAUCCAGAACAAACUCUCCUUUGUGAUCAGUGUAAUAAAGGAUGGCAUAUGUUCUGUUUGAAACCAAAGCUUACACAAAUUCCAAGCGGCGAUUGGUUCUGUCCAAGAUGUCGUCCAGAAGAUUAUAUUAUUAAAAGAAAUCGCAAGCGACCUGUUAUUGUAAUCGAAGAAUCAGAAUCUGAGGAAGAAGAGGAUGAAGAUGAGGCAGACGACGAUGACGAUGAUGAUACGCAAGAUACAGUUGAUUCUGAAGCUGAAGUUUGUACAGUUUGUGGAAAUGACGGAGAAAAGUUGCUGUAUUGUUGCAACGAAGAUUGUGGCACACAAGUUCAUUUAGAUUGUUCUAAGCCACCAGCGAAAUCACUUAAAUCCAAGACGUGGAAGUGUAAUAAAUGUGUUAAUUCAGAAAAUCGCAAAGAACGUGUCAAGCGCAGGCGAAUGGAAAAAGAUGAAGAUAUUGAUUCUGAGAAGCAGGAUAACGACGAGGACGAAGAAGAAAGUGACGAUAAUGAGCCACCAGUAAAAAUAAGGAAAAUAGAGCGUAAAAGUGGUCGCAGAUCGACAAAGAAAGUCUUUGAAAGUGACGAUUCAGACAAUGAAGUUUUAUCCAAAAAAGACAGCAGAAAAUCGGGCAGCAGGAAAAGUUCAGCACGGCCAUCACGAAAAAAUUCACCAGAAGUUGAAGAUAAUUUGCGUGGUAGACGAAGUUCUAAGAAGUUUGUAGAGGAAACAGCUGCUGAACGACGAGCUUCAAAGCGAUCAUUUGAUGCUUUUAAUACAAUUAGUCUCGGCACAUUAAUUGAUGAAGUUAUUAAGCACAAAAAUGCAUGGCCAUUCACAAAGCCAGUAUCAACUGCUGAAGUUCCUGACUAUUUGGAAGUAAUUAAGACACCAAUGGACUUUUCAAAAAUCAAAUCUAGACUCAAUCUUGGCGGUUACAGUUCGAAUGAACAAGCCAUGAAAGAUAUCGAGCUUGUGUUCUUUAAUUGCGAUUUAUACAACGUCGCUAAUUCCGAAAUUUACAAGUCUGGAGCUAAAUUGGAAAAGUUUGUAGCUAAGCGAUGCAGAGAGUUGAACUUGCCAUUCACGCAGUCAGACAUGACUAAAUAAUUUGUUUGAAUUUAGACUUUUGUGUAGCAGUACCUUUAAAUUUAAUUUAAGUUUUGUUUCAAGUGUGAAUUUAUUAAGUAUCGGAAGUAAUUUAUUAUAUUUUUGUAAGUCUUUAGUUUAAGCACUUUUCAUUUUCUAUUACUUCAUACUUCUUUUUUAAUGCACUUCUGUCAGGAAUUCGUUAUUUCCGAGGAUGAUACGGAAUACGGACAUGAGAUGUUUAGGACAAAUACUACUUAAAAUGAUAAGUUUAGUUUUUAUUAAUUAAAGAAUACAGAAUAAAACGAAUUUCUUCGGAAAUUAAGCAACACAAAGGUUCCGUUUCUUGUUUUUGCUCCUAUUUAACACGACAUUGUAUUUGAUGGAUUUAUUCUUUCUUUCAGCGAUUUACAUCUUGAAUUUAAUAAAUUGAAAUUGGCAUUAAAAAUAAAAUUAGUGAUGGUGCUCUUCAGCUUCCUUGCGUUUGCUUUCAGCCCAUUUUGCGACGUUUCCUGGACUGUUGGCUAAAAUGAUGACAAGAAAUAUCCUCAAUUAACAAUCUGUAGUUAAUAUAGGUAAAAAGUGAGAAACUUACACAAUCUAUCGACUUUAUAGAAAACUGGAAGUGCCACUAUCACACCAAGGAAGUAGUAUUUCCACAAUGGAUUUGAGUUGACAUACCAUUUCAAUGGAAAUUGAGCAAUCUUAGCGCUCCAUGUAUAUGGGAAUCGCAUUGGUCUUCCUACUGGUUUUGGUGCUUCUUCUGCCAUCUUUAAUUAAGAUCCAGUGACAAGGUUUUCUAAAAAAAUAAAUUCUUGAA